AUGAGGACUGGGAUGGAAGAGCUGGCACCAGUAGAAGUCCAGGGACAGCUCCCAAGCCCCCACCAGGGCUCUCUGAGGAAGGCCAUGGCCGCUGCCCUCGCCCUGGAUGGGGAAUCCACAAUGGGUCGCCGGAAAAAGAAGAGGAAAGAGUCCCGCCCAGAAUCUAUCAUCAUCUACCGGUCAGAAAAUGAGAAACUGGAUGAGGAGCUUGGGGAAUCAGAAGGUGGAGACCGACCUAAAGAAGAGGAGGGGGAUGAUUUCCUAGACUAUCCUGCAGAUGAUGGUAUGUGGAACAUGCCUUUGGACAGCCGCUAUGUCACACUAACCGGGACCAUUACUCGAGGGAAGAAAAAGGGCCAGAUGGUGGACAUCCACGUCACAUUGACGGAGAAGGAGCUGCAAGAAUUGACGAAGCCAAAAGGGUCAUCAAGAGAAGUAACACCUGAAGACAGAAAGGCCUGCCAAAUGGGAGUUGACCGUGGGCCCCACGUGGUCCUUUGGACGCUGGUCUGCCUGCCUGUAGUCUUUAUCCUCUCUUUUGUUGUCUCGUUCUACUAUGGCACGAUCACCUGGUACAACAUCUUCCUCGUGUACAACGAGGAGAGGACCUUCUGGCACAAGAUCUCAUGUUGCCCCUGCCUCAUUCUCUUCUAUCCAGUGCUCAUCAUGGCCAUGGCCUCUUCCCUGGGCCUCUAUGCUGCUGUGGUCCAGCUCUCAUGGUCCUGGGGAGCAUGGUGGCAAGCUGCCCGGGACAUGGAGAAAGGCUUCUGUGGCUGGCUCUGCAGCAAGCUGGGCCUGGAGGACUGUUCUCCCUACAGCAUCGUAGAGUUGCUUGAAUCUGACAAUAUCUCAGGCACUCUCUCCAACAAGGACUCUGCCCAGGAAGUAGAAACUUCCACUGUCUAAACUUCCAAGAACUUAUUUCCUUCUGUGGUCCCAAUAGCCUAUAUAUCAUCUUCCAAUUCCAGAAGAUUUGUUCUUUACAUUAGCCCCCUACCCCUCUCAGUUCUGGAAAAUUCUAGCCCACACGCUUCUUGCCUACUAUCUUGAUGGUUCCAGGAGAGCAGGGAACAGAAAAGCAAUUUAUGCCAAAGCAAUCCAGCCAUGGGUGAAUUCUUCUCAUUCCUUGCUCUAAAAUGACCAUUUAUCUGGGACAGGAAGCUUAGUUGUGUGUAAGUUCAGGAGCUUGAAGAUACUGGUGCCUGGAACCCAGGGGAGUAUGUGACUAAAGGUGACAGGGUGAAAAGGGAGGCGCCAGGGAGACCAAGUUCACCAAAAAGAAGUAGGAUGGAGAGAAACAGGAAGCAGGGCUACCACAGUGUAGCAGGGAUAGUGUAGUAAAGAUCUGUGUGUAUCACUUAGAUUUUGAUUUAGUGGCAUAUGAUUAAAACCCUAAAAUAUCCGUAGUUCAAAUAAGAUGGAAGGUUCUUUAUUUCUUGUGCAGAAGUCUGGAGGCAGACCAUCAGGGGACCUGAUGAAGUCAUCCAAAUCCCAGGCUUUAUUCCCCUACCAUUAGUAGGAGGUAGCCCUCUUUGUCCUUGUCUUCAACACCUCUGUGCUGACUCCAGCUCCGGCCAUCACACCCACCUUUCUGGCAGGGCAGAGGAAAGGGCAAAGUGCCUAUCUUCCCUGUUUAAGGAGACUUCCCAGAAGUGUCACUCAACAGUUCUUGGAUCUUAUUGGCCAGACCUUAGUCACAUGACCUCACAAGCGCAAGAGACUGGGAAAUGUCUUUUGGUUGGGCAGCUAUAUUCUAGGCUAAAUUUUUGGGUUCUGCUAAUUUAAGCAAAAAAAGAAACAUGGCUAUUUCGGCAGGCAUGAAAGAAUCUCUGCCUCACAGUAAUUACUUAAAUAUAUCCAGAUCCCAACGUGCUAAUAUAGUUUUAUUUAUUUAUUUAUUUAUUUAUUUAUUUAGGCCUGAAUGUUACACAGAGAAUUUAUACAUAGAUACUAGCUAUAUAUACUAUGUAUAUGCUAUAAAUAGAUAUUAGCAGCUCAUGUACUUUGCAAUUAGUCUGUAAUGUCAUGUGGUUUCAGGGUUUUUAGGAAGGAAGAGUGAACAGUUGAAUGCAAUUGGUAGCAUAACGUUUUUCCUGAUAGUGAAGGCAGGACUGGGCAGUGAUAUUUAAUCUAAUCUACAUAUUAACGAUUGUGUAGGGAGGGAUUGGAAACUUCCCCCAACAGGGAUCAGUAGCCCUAAGCAUGUAGAAGACAGAGUUAGCUUUCUGUCUUUUGGCAAGACCUCACUUACAGCCUCACUCACUCAGACCUUUCUGGAGUUUAAGGAACAGUGGCUUUCCACUGUGAAGCUUGUGUCUUCCUGGCCACUAGGGGGUGUAAGCCAGAUGAAUACAGUUUGAUAGAAUCUGAACCUUUUUUCCUUUUUUUAAGGUUAUUUAUUUAUUUUGAGAGAGAGAGAGAGAGAGAGGGAGAGAGAGAGGGAGUGCAUGGGAGGGGCAGAGCCAGAGGGAGAGAGAGAGAAU